AACCGAUCCAAAAGAAGAACAACUGUGUCCCUCAAAAGUCACUAUCUUUUCAUUUUAGAAUCUGCCUGAGAACAUGGAAAAAAGCAAUCACUCCACAGUGACCAAAUUCUUCCUCUCUGGCUUAACAGAACAACCAGAAUUACAGCUGCCACUCUUCCUCCUCUUCCUUGGAAUCUACCUGCUCACAGUGCUGGGGAACCUGGGCAUGAUCAUCCUGAUCCUGCUCAGCUCACACCUGCACACCCCCAUGUACUUCUUCCUCAGCAGUCUGUCCUUCAUUGACCUCUGCCAAUCUACUGUCAUUACCCCAAAAAUGCUGGUGAAUUUUGUGAGGGAGAAGAAUGAAAUCUCCUACCCUGAGUGCAUAACUCAACUUUGCUUCUUUGUCAUUUUUGCUGUUUCAGAAAGUUACAUGCUGGCUGCAAUGGCAUAUGAUCGCUAUGUUGCCAUCUGUAGCCCCUUACUUUACAGUAGCAUCAUGUCUCAACAUAAGUGCCUUUCUCUUGUUUUAGGAGUUUACAUUUUAGGCAUAGUUUGUGCAUCAGCUCAUGUAGGAUGUAUAUUUAGGAUUGAUUUCUGCAAAUCUGAUUUGAUCAACCAUUAUUUCUGUGACCUUAUUACUGUUCUUAAUCUCUCCUGCUCUAAUAUUUUUGUGAAUGAUCUCGUAAUUCUAAUUUUUAGUCUAAUUAAUACCAUUUUCCCAACCCUGACCAUCCUCAGUUCUUAUGCUUUCAUCAUUAUCAGCAUCAUACGCAUUAAAUCCACUGAGGGAAGAUCUAAAGCCUUCAGUACCUGCAGCUCCCACAUCUCAGCUGUUGCUGUCUUUUAUAUCUCUGCUGGAUUUACAUAUCUAAACCCAUCAUCUUCCCAUUCUAUGGAUGAAGGAAAAGUGUCUUCUAUAUUUUACACCAUCAUUGUUCCCAUGCUCAACCCUCUGAUCUACAGUCUAAGGAAUAAGGAUGUGAAAAUUGCGCUGAAGAAAAUGAUUAAAUGAAGAUAAUUCUUCUGAUAAGUAUAAUGUACAAAAAAAGUCUCAUUAGCUCAUAAUC